GAGGUGGAUGACAGUGAAUUAUUAUCUUACACAAUAAAAGGCUGAUAUCAGCUUGAUAAGGAAACCUGAGUCCUUGCAGUUUGGCCUCAGGUCACAGUUCUGCUUUCAGUCUGCAGGAUGGCGCAAGUUCCCCCAACAAAGCUUAAAGCACUGCAUUGUGGAGAUGAUCAUUUUAAAUGAAUGAAGGCAGCAGGAUUCAUGGUCCAGUCUGACCAUCCUGAAAACGCUGAGGCGCUCGUUGUGUCAGAGCAGCUUCCAGAUGUCUGAACAGCUGCACCGAGUUCAGUUUAAUACCUGUGGUUGUUUUGAGUGACAGUAACAAGAUCCAUCCUCUACACAAUGAACCUGAAGGAAGAAUAAAGUUCAGCAGCUCAAACAUGAACUUGUUUUCAGCUGACGGUCAGGAAGGAUUCCUACGUCACUAUUGUUUUUAUUGAAUUGUGCCGCCUCAGUUAUUUCAUGUGAUACACGCUCCAAUAACGUGAACAUCCCGCAGUUGCAGUUCUUUUGAGGCGCCUCCAGUCCUAAAUGCGUCUUUUGACAGCACACUCAGUGUCACGCGUGUCUUCCCACUGCAGGAGGAGUUCACCGACAUCUUGACUUUGUUUGCGCUGCAUUCAUUUAUCCCAACAUUAAAGUGACGGACACGUGUGCGCUGCGUGCGGCGGCCGCGUCUCCGCCUCCGCUCGUUCAGCCUGGUCAAGUCCGAUACCUUUGAGCGCGAGGAGGAGGAGCUCCUCCUCCUCCUCCUGCCUUCAUCAGAGAAGGAAGUCACCUUUGGUUUUGGUUCCUGGACGGUUCCCUGUUUAAGGAGAAUCAGCGCGCGCUGCCGGACGCGUCUGACCUGAGAUGGCUCCAGAAAGCCCGUGGUCGUCCUCCGCCCUGCAGCUCAUCCACGUGAGGCCGGGACACGUCGCGGUUCCCACCGGAGCCAACUGAUGAAGUAUCUGUCUGUCAGGUCCAGAGAGGAGCCAACAUGCCUGUGCCCCGCAGGAAAACCAAGGCCCUUUGUAUGAUGCUGUCGUUCAACAUCUUCGUCUGCGUCCUAGUGGGCAUUUCAUGGACCCUUAGCCAUGACAGAAGUGGUGGCGACAAGGUCCGGAUCCCGUCCCAGAGGUUUUGGAGCAAACCGGUACAGAGCAAGUCUUUCUGGAACAGGGAGCAGCAGCGCCUCGACUUCAUCCACAAUCCCAUCGUCAACCCUGGGCUCUCCCUCGUGGAGCUGCCCCACUGGAUGAAUGACUCCGGCCCAGCGGACCCCUGCCAGCCGGACCACAGAGUCCCCGCUCAAAUCGCGGACUACAACUCUCUGCCGCGGCGCUUCCAGGAUUUCCUGGUGCACAUGCGCUGCAGGUUGUAUCCCAUGCGGAUAAACCAGCCUGGCGUCUGCGCGGAGCAGCCCUUCCUCCUGCUGGCCGUCAAGUCCCUGAUGCCGCACUUUGACCGGCGCCAGGCCAUACGGCAGACGUGGGGCCGGGCCGGCGUGCUGGCCAACCGCAGCGUGGCGACCGUGUUCCUGCUGGGUCACACCGCGGCCGAGGACCACUUCCCGGACCUGCUGGGCAUGCUGGGCCACGAGGCGGCGCUGCACAAAGACAUUCUGCAGUGGGAUUACAGGGACACCUUCUUCAACCUGACCCUGAAGGAAGUCCUCUUCCUGGACUGGUUCAGUAAACACUGUCCGCAAGCUCAGUACAUCCUGAAGGGAGACGAUGACGUCUUCGUCAACACCCUACGAAUCAUCGGCCUCCUGGACGGGCUGUCAGAGCUCAGAGCCCAGGACUUCUUCAUCGGUGAUGUCAUCAGUAACGCUGGCCCGCACCGGGACCCAAAACUCAAGUACUUCAUCCCUGAGAGUGUGUUUGAGGGCCAGUACCCGGCCUACGCCGGGGGGGGGGGGUACCUGUACUCGGGAGCGCUGGCCUUACGCCUCCACAACGCGUCUCAGGAGGUGCUCAUGUUUCCCAUCGAUGACGUGUACACAGGGAUGUGCCUCAGGAAGCUGGGUCUGGCCCCCGAGAAGCACAGCGGCUUCAGGACGUUCGGCAUCGAGGAGAAGUACCGGGACGCGCCCUGCAUCUACAGGAGCCUGCUGCUGGUCCACAGCCGCACGCCCCAGGAGAUGCUGCGGAUCUGGCCGUGGGUCGUGCUCCCGGAGCUCGACUGCCAGUGAGGCGCUGUACGUGUGAAGGCCUGUUGUAAUCGAACUGUCAUCUCUGAAGUUUGACACCAGUGUUAUUCUAGCAGCGUUGUGUUGAUGCUCGUUUAGAAUUAGCGUGCGACCUUCAGAGCACUGACACUGAUGACCUUCAUCACGUGUUGGAGGAUCUUCUGCUGCAGGCGUUAGUUUGUCUCUGUUCUGAGCUCAUGACAUCAACAGUGAGGUGAUUCUGAUGCCAAACCGGCUCUGAUCCACUGACGCUGGGUUUUCACUCAUGGAACUUGGUGAGAAGAUUUGGAGACCUCACACAGACCUUUUCUCGUUUUUUGUGAGCCAACAGUCCAACGAGGAUUCCUUUCAGGUUUUGGCUUCAUGCACAGUUUAAAUCCAUGAAUCUGAGCCAGUAAUUUGAUGUAACGGUGGGAUUCACAUGUGUAGUUGCCGCUGUUCCUGGGUUUGUCUUUGGUGUUUUUGUGUUUGUGCGUGUGUUUCAGUCCUCUGGGUCACUGUGUUUGAUCAAUAAACCUGUGCUAGUGUCUAAUCGGCUGAUUCUUCAUUUGAACUUGUCGUCUUGUGUGUUUUCACGUGUUGCACACGAGGCCAUGAACCGGAUGCGUUGGCUUCAAACACAGAAAAGCUGGUGAGGAGCAACAGCGGCCUCUGCUGAGCCGCUCGGAGCAGGAGAGGGAGCAAAUCAGGGAGCUGAUCCAUUUCAGCUGCUGUGACAGGAGGCGAAGCCGCACUUUGUUAGAAGCUGUGAGAGUCGACUGACGUUGGUUUCACAUGUUCAAUAGAUUUAGCCGUAAAAUGCUACGACCGCUGCUCAUUCUUCUGCUGGUGGGCGCUCUGUUCCGGAAAGACUGUGAAGCACAGAUCAGCAGAGAUGGAGCCACGGCGCCUCCAGGUGAGACGAAAAACCAGCGGUGGCAGGAAACGUUUGUAGAGGCUGACGUCUAGACGUUCCUGAGAGAAUCUGUGGACUGAGCCGCUUUGUUGAAGGAUGUGAUGCAGAGAGGCCUGUUUCAUGUUGAACCCUUAGACGUGAGGAUGUUCAGGCUAAACCGACUGAAGGACCCACGACCAGCGGGACUUUGACGCCGGUUCGUGUCUCUGUGGGAAGUAGAAUGUGGUUGUGGGUUGUUGAA